CCGUCUUCUUGUGGCGCCUGCGGGGUGUCCUACUGUUAUUAAAAUAUUUGCUGUCUACAGGGUAAACAUUCUUUGCUCCUCAAUCAUCAUAAUUUCAACGCCAAUCACCUAAACUCUCAAUCAUUUCAUGCAUCUCUGGGCCUCUUCUAAAAAUAUUGAAUCAACGCCAUUACGAGCAAUCUUCAGUCAUGUCGUCUCGACAUUUACAGUAUGCGGGAGCCAUCAGCAUCAUCCCCUGUGGAGGGCUCCUACUAGUAGCACUGGCGGCGUGUGGAUUUCUUCCUCCAAUUUCACCCUCUUGGGAUGCCACGCAAACGGCCCAACAUUACCGUGAUCAUCAAAAAGGUAUUCGAGCCGGAGCAGCACUUAUGAUAAUCUCAAGUCUAUUUUACGUUCCUUAUACACUAGUCGUUUCGGCCCAGAUGCAACGUAUCCCCAAUUUGCACCCCGUCAUUAUAUCCAUCCAGUCAGCAGCAGGGAGUACUUCAAUGUAUACCUUGAUGAUAUCCGGUUUGCUUCUGGCUAUCAACGCCUACCGCCUUGAUCGCUCGGUAGAAAUAACACAGAUGAUGAAUGAUAUGUUUUGGUUCGUUUGGGUUUCGACAUGGCCAACUUUCAUAGUACAGUUCAUUGCUUUUGCAUCUGCUGUCAUCGUCGACCGCCGCCCCCAGCCUCUUUUCCCUAAACCACUUGCAAUAUUCAACAUUUUCGUCUCCAUUAUCGCCAUCCCGGGAAAUGUUUCCGCACACUGCGUCAAGACCGGACCGUUGGCCUGGAACGGUGCUAUGGGUUUCUGGACCCCGGGUAUGUCCUGGGUGGUCCUAGCUGCGGCCGAAUUCGUUUGCUUGAUUCGAGCCAUAUCCACAGAGACAACAUCUGGCGAGGUGAUUGCUUGUACGAGCCCUGAUGGUUCAGGAAAUGGUCCAAGCAGUGGAUUUGGUCAAGGCGGGGGUUCAAUCGGCGACGCAUCAGCUUAGAACUCGACACAGCUAUUCACCCGAUACACUAGCCAGGAGUCAGUAGG